AUUAUCAUAUUCUUUCACAACAAGCAAACACAAAAAUCUCAGUCUUGUCUCGUUCUCGUUUGUUUGUGAAAUUGAGAAAAACAUAAUGGGUGGCUUGAAGAGGAAGAUUGCUAUAAAGAAGAUAGAGAAGAAAGAUUCACGAGCGGUUUCAUUCUCAAAACGUCGUAAGGGUCUAUAUAGCAAAGCUUCUGAGCUUUGUCUUCUCUCCGACGCAGAGAUUGCGAUUAUAGCAACUCCUGUUUCUUCUAAUUCCAAUGCCUCUUUCUACACUUUUGGCCACUCCUCUGUCGAUAGUGUUGUCUCUGCUUUUUUGGCGAAUCAGCGUCCUUGUGAUGAAAAGUUAGGGUUUUGGUGGGAAGAUGAGAGUCUUGUCAGAUCAGAGAAUCUGGAGGAGUUGAGAGAUGCGAUGGAUUCAAUGUCGAAGAUGUUGCGAGAUCUGAAGGAGUUGGAGAAGCAAAGAGAUCAUCAACAGAAAACCCUAAAUCUUCAACCGUGUUCUGCAAGUUUUUGCGUUGAAGAUGAUAUAACUGUGAAUAAGAACACGGAAGAACAAACCCUAGCGGUCUCUGACAACAGCAACAACAACAACAACGGUUUUCUUGGAAACUUCGAUGAGUGCAAUCAAGAGUUUGAUCUCGAUCAAAUCUUUGACGAGUUUGAGUUCGAUGAGUGCAAUCAAGAGUUUGAUCAUCAAAAGCAAACCCUAAAUCUUCAAACGUGUUCUGCAAGUGUUUGCACUCAAGAUGAUGUAACUGUGAAUUUCGAAGGGUUUCAUAAGAACACGGAAGAGCAAACCCUAGCGGUUUCUGACAAUAGCAACAACAAUGGUUUAGUACUUGGAAACUUCGAUGGGCGCUAUCAAGAGUUUGAUGAUCUCGAUCAAAUCUUUGAAUUUCUGACAAGCUCUGAAGUUUUAUCGAUGAAUGUGGAGAUGGAUGAUGUCUGAUGUCUCUAUGGUGACAAUUUGUGUUGUUAUGUUGAAAUUGGAUCUUCGAUUAACGGCUUGAUUUUGUUCUUUUUGGUUUUUAAGCUUAUGAGGAUGAUAAAAAAGUUUGAUUAUUUCU